AUGACAGCCACGGAAGGGAGAGUUGCGAUCAUCACGGGAGCUGCGUCUGGGAUUGGCGAAGAACUAUCGCGGGGCCUGGUAGCGAAAGGAUGGAAAGUGACCGGACUCGACCUCGCCGUUCAGGGUCCCGCCGCCGAUGAGCUCUCCAAAGAACUCGGAGAGGCAUUCCUCUUCAUCGCUUGCGACGUUUCAAAGUACGAUGAACUUGCCACAUCAUUUUCAAAGACAUUCCAGAAAUGGGGCCGGAUUGACGCCUUUUGCUCCAACGCGGGUUUCGUAGAUAAGUCGUCCGUGUACCUGCUCAACAGUCGCGGAAGUACCGAGAUACCUCCCGAGCCAGACCUUGCCUCCACGGACGUUAUGUUCAAAGGCUUAAUCUACGGAACCCAGCUUGCAGUACACUUUAUGCGUCAGAAUCCGACUCCCGGAGGCCAUAUUGUGGCGACUUCCAGUAUUGCUGGACUCUAUCCUAUGGCCUCAUUGCCCGAGUACUCUGGUGCCAAGGCUGCUGCAAGUCCCACCCUGCAGAUGGCCAAAGCUGACACAGAGCAGCGGGACAACAUCACCAUCAACGCGAUAUGUCCGGGAGUGGUGCCUACUCGGAACAUCCCACAAUUCAUGCGCGACACCUUUGGAGUAGACAGCUUGACUCCUCGAUCAACCAUACUGGCGGGAUAUCUGAAAUUCUUGGACGAUCCGUCGCUGAAUGGCAAGAUCAUUGAAGCGUCUCGGGACCAGCUCCUCUUCCAAGAGAAACCUCCUUACGCAGACGGAGACUAUUCGAAACGUUCAUCCACAGUCUUUGAUCCCCUGUUCGAGAUGGUACAUGGACAACCGUCGGGCCUCGAAGAUAUCGUCAGACCUCUACCCUGA